AUGGCUGUUGAGUCUGACAUAUUCAAGAACGAGUUUGAUCAAGAUAGAAACCAUGUUGGGAUAGUCACUGGAAGCAUCAUAAACCCAGUUACUACACAGAGUCUAAAUUCCCUUGAAAUUAAACUAAAGAGUGGACAAGCUAUUCAGGUUAAAAUAGAGCAUGAUGGCUUGAUUAACAUGCUUUAUGUCUUUCUUGGAUACUCUGAAAGCCAGUUGAAGAUCGUUCUUAACCUCACAAUUGAUCUGCCAAAUAUUGUCCCAAGCACAACUUAUGUUGGCUUCACAGAUUCAAGGGGCAACAGUGAAAGAGAGUAUUUUGCUAAAAUCCACACCAUAGGCAAACUUAGGCACAAUAAAAUACUGCAGCUGUUGGGUUUUGGCAUAAAGGCAGAUAUCUUCUUGGUCUACAAGUACAUGCAAAAUGGAGGUUUAGAUUGCUUCACAGGAUCUCCUGGAUAUUUGGCUCCAGAAGUAGGUUUCACAUGGAAAGCCACCCCAGAAUCAAAUGUUUAUAGUUUUGGAAUGGUGGUGCUUGAAGUUAUAUGUGGAAUAAGAUCAAAGAGCAAAAUAGGAGACAAGAGUUUGGCGGACUAUGUUUGGAACAUGCAUAGUGUAAAUGCAUUGAACGAGUGUGUGGAUGCACUAUUAGGACGUGAGUUUGAUGAGGAAGAAGCUAGAAUGGUAUUAAUGGUUGGGUUGGUUUGUUUUCAUUCGGAUUUAGCGUUUAGACCUAAAAUGAGGAAAAAGGUGCACAUUUUACUAGACCCAAACAAGCCUUUGAUGGAAUUGCCAGAAGUAAGACCUCUUCGAGUUUAUGCGUCAGUUUCUUCAUCUACUUCAACUUCUAACUUCGAGUCCAGAGGAGUGUAUUCAUAUUCACAGCUUCAAUAG